CUGCAAACGGGUCUCCGCACGCAUAAGCUUCCGAACCACUCCACGGACGAGACGCGCGUGCGACGUGCAAGUCUCAUUAGACAUGAGGUUCCACUGCUGAGGGAUAGUCGAGGAACGGUCGUCGACUCCUCUUUCACGUUCGCGUUCGUUCUCGUAACGCUCCGGAUUUGUCGGCCUCCUUUUUUCCCUUGAAUUCAUAUUUUCGGGGGGAACUCGACCGGUGGUUUCGAUACAUGCGGGGAUUCGGUUUCCUUUUGCCGACUUCGUUUUUAUGAGAGCCAAGUGUGGAAGAUGCUUCCGAGGGAACUCAUCGCGCUCGCUACGUUGACGCUCUCCGUCGCCGCUGGCGUCGCUUCCGUCGACCUGGACUUCGGGGAUUAUGAGGUCCUCGGUGAAGAGGAGGGCAGGACGACCGAUGGCAAUGAUUCCCGAGGCGUGCGAGAGGUGAGGUGUUACUGCAACCAGCCAGAAUGCGUGUCCCAGGGGUACAUGUGCCGAGGUAGAGGCUGCUUCACCGAGUUGCCCUCCAGUACGAACCCCUCCCUGUUGAGGCCGGAGCACAGCUCCCAUGGAUGCCUGGAGGAGAGCUUCAAGGAGCGCCAGUGUCCCACGGGGUUCCUGUGCUGCGAGCAGGACCUCUGCAACCACGUGGACAGCCCGGCCAUGAGGAGUAGGCUGAACAAGACUCUUCAAGUUCUGUUGGGCGACCAGAGGGCGUUCCUGGGCCCGAUCCAGCCAACGGCCCAUGGGGCCCAAAGUACGGACGGAUGGUUCAAGACGGCAACGAUAGCGGUCCCGAUUUGCGGCCUGGUGGCGUUGCUGAUCCUGGCCAGCCUGGCGAUCAGGUUGCUGCAGCCAAUCCCCACGCAGAACGACAAAUUGGGGCCCCACAGGACCCCCGAUGGUGCCCCUCCGCUGCUGGGGACGCCGAAAGUGCCUCUCGUCUGAAGGGGACCGGACACUUCCAAAGACUCGACACUUCCCGUCCCGUCAGCUCUCUUGCUUUCGUAUUUCCUUUCUUCUCUCGAACGACGGGUCCUAAAACAGAGGAGCUGCUUCGUUAAGGGCGAUUGUCUCUCUUACCAGGGGCCAGCAGCGACUCGUCACCGCGCCCUGGUGGUCGUUCGCGAUUCACUCGAGAUAAGAUUCUCUCCGGGGUUGAUUCUCAAAUUUCUGGGCCUUAUUGCGGCUGCGGUCGGUUGUAAAGAUACUGUUACUUAGCAUAUAGCGAGGAGCUGGACGAUUCGUCAUCUAGACGUUCAUCUCGACGGUGCGGAACCGCUCGCGCUGUCCUCGACUGAUGGAAAUCAUAUAUUUUUUAUACGCUCGACCCCGUAAGGUAGCGAUUAAGUCUGUUAGGAAAGCUAGCGGGCCGGAGCGCGGCUCCACUUGGCUGUGAAUCUAAUGACGGAGCGACCAAUUUGUAAAUUAUAUACAUAUAUAUAUAUAUAAAUAUAAAUAUAAAUAUAUCGUCGUGAAACCGUAACCCCACGCAUCCCUCUCGAGCAGGGCACCACCCGCGUGCCUUGGAAGUGCCUCUCAAGCGACUCUCGAAGAGUCACUUUUCCGUUCUCCCCCGGGGGGGCAGAUUUUCUAAAACAUUUUCACGGAAGUGGCCUCUGCUCGGGAGGUUCCACGUCUCUACCCUGACGUGGUUCUUCCUGUAAAUAUUGUACACACGACUUGCUGUCUCUCCCCCUUAUUAAUAUUAGCGAUAAUUUCCCACAAUAUUUCGAUUCGAAGCGAGCGUCCGAGAGAGGAAGCUUGUUCGGCUGGGAAAAAUAAAUAAACCGUUUGUUUAUUCGA